UCACUGCAUUUGCACAAUGUACAUUUUCCAGUUGAAAAAAGGUGAUAUUGCUUUUUUUUUUUAUAUACCUCUCUAGUGCUUUCUAUUGUUGUGAAAAUAUUCAGUUAGAAUCUUUGAAGUUAUUUCCUGUCGAAAAAUACAAUCAUUUCCUGAGAGAUACACAAACCCACAUUGUGCACGCACGCACGCGCGCAUGUGUGUGUGUCUUUGUUCACAUGCGUGUGUUGUAGAGUGAGAGAGGAAAGCUGAACAGCGUGCCAUAAAGGUUAGAGGUUAGAGCGAGCAGCUAUCAGUCUGGGUUGAGAAAGUGGAAAUUUCAGAGAGUUGGCUUGCCAAGGCUCAGGCUCCCUGACAAACAUCUGAAGCGGCAAGAGGCGAAUAUCAAAUGAGAGGCUGGACAUCUGCCUUAGCUGAGCUCCCAGCCGAGAUACACAGAGAAGACCAAAAGGCUCGCCUGCAGUGAGGAGUUUAAGGCGAGAGCAAAAGGAGAGCUGGCACUUGGGAGCAGAAUAAAAAGGAGGUCUGGAGAGGAGCUCAGAUGGAAAACCUGCCUGUCUACCACGGGCCCAUCGGCAAAGAGGAGGGCGAGAGGCGGCUGGGCCAGGACGGGCGGGAUGGGUGCUACCUGCUCCGAAACAGUGACACCGUGCCGGGCGUCUUCUGCCUGUGUGUGCUGAGCUGUGGAUACGUCUACACUUACAGACUGCACAAGGAUGACGCAGGCUCAUGGGCUGCAGAAACCACUCCUGGUGUGCAGAAACGAUAUUUUCGGCAAAUCAAGAACUUGAUAGCAGCUUUCCAGAAGCCCGGACAAGGACUUGCCGUGCCUCUGCGCUACCCUGUCACCGCUCAGAGCCGGGCACAGACACACACAGAGCCGCAGGCGCCCAGUAAUAGCCUGUCGUCGACACACAGCAGCCCGAGCGCUUACCUCCAGCGGCAGCAGCAGCCGCCGCAUGCUGCAAAGGGACAGAAAAACAGGAACAAGAGGGAGGUGCAGCAAGCUCUCGGUUAGGGGCAAACCCUAAGCUCGAUGUUGGCCUAAUUAUGUACAAAAAAAUCAUCUUUCCAUGAUGCUUAUUGUUGCAUUUCGCCUGCUGCUUUUGAUGUUAAUGUCAUUUUCUUUCCCAUUAGCCAGCACCUGUUUGUUACUUCCAAGUCAUUUAGGUUCUAGCAGUGACUCAGAUCUCCUUCCAGUAUCUCUUUUUCUUUUUUUUUCUUUCUUCCCGCGCAUGCAGCUCAGAGAGGGCCUCAUAACUUUCAGACAUGUGAUGUAAAAUAUUCAACCGCCAAGACAUUAAUAUCCAUUACCGCAUACAUAAGCUGACAACAAAUAUUGUGCGCUGUUUUCUUAAUGCAAUUCAGCUGUGUGAAUGGCAAAGAAAAUAAAUGAUAUUGGCUGAAA